ACAAAAUAACAUUGCCGCAUCGAAAUCGGCAUGCUGAAGAAAAUUAGCCGAUUUUGUUCAAUAAAAUUUGUGUAAAUUGCACCAAAAAGCAUUUCAAAAUGUUUUUAAAUAGGCUAGCACCUUUAGCCCGACCAUCCGGUGUAGUGUCUAUCGCAAAUGCCUUCAAAUCAUUAUCACUUGGCGCCGCCAUCCCCCGAGCAGCUCCCGCCUUAUCUACGCUGGUCAGAAACACCCGCUUCAACUCAUCCCUAGCCGCGCCCCUGCCGUCCGGUUCCGUAGUGAAGGCGGUCAACGCGCAGCUGGCCAGCGCUUCCGAGGGCCGCCUGUUUGCCGUGGUGCAACUCUGUGGCAAACAGUUCAAAAUCACCUCCGGCGACAUCAUCAUCGUGGAAGGCUACUGGCCACCCACCAACGGGGACCGCAUCCGGCUGGACAAGGUGCUGCUGGCGGGUGGGAAGGAUUUUUCCCUCAUCGGACGGCCGUUGGUUCCGGCCGGACUUGUCGACGUGCAGGCCACCAUCAUCGAAAAGUCCCUUUCGCACACGAAAACGCACUUCCGCAAGAAACGAAGGAAGCAGUACAUGAGGAUCAACUUUUUCCGCGCCCAGCAGACGAUGAUCCGGAUUAACUCGAUCGAGCUGAGCGAGAAGGGCGUUCCGGAGCAGCCGAGGGCAAGCCGGGAGGAAGGGGAACGGUUUUUCUGAAGUUUUAUGGGAGGCGUUGCGUUGAUUUAGGAGAAUAAAUGGUAUAGAAAUCGUAA